UUUGAAUCGCUAUAAUCUCAUACAUAAUAGGAAUUGCAUAAAUCCAACAAAGCUUACCAACCAUUUUCGAGAACAUAUGUCCAUGGAGUAUCAACCCAUUCUUAUGUUAGUGUCUAGUACCAUAUUCUUCUUCUUCUUCUUCAUGUCGGGUUCUGCUGCAGUAGAUACAAUAUCUGCAUAUCAACCAAUCAAAGAUGGCAGCUCCAUUGUUUCAGAGGGAGACACGUUUGAACUUGGAUUUUUUAGCCCCGGCGAGUCCAAGAAUCGGUACCUGGGAAUAUGGUACAUGAAGAUAUCACCAUUAACCGUUGUGUGGGUUGCUAACAGGGAGAAACCAAUUAUCGACACGUCAGGCAUGUUUGAACUCACUAAAGAAGGAACCCUUCAGAUUCUUAGUGGUGGUAAUCCUAUAAUCUGGUCAUCAGAUUUGAUAGUAUCUACGAAUAAUAUAAAUCCAGUGGCACAACUUCUCGACAAUGGAAAUCUUGUGGUGUGGGAAAAUAGCAGAAAAGAAAAUCUAAUCUGGCAAAGUUUUGACUUUCCUGGUAACACGUUGCUACCAGGGAUGAAAUUUGGGAAGGAUUUGACAACAGGAAGAGAGAGCUACUUAUCAUCAUGGAAAAGCCCUGAUGAUCCUUCUAUUGGUCUGUAUAAACUCUGGUUAGACCCGAAUGGAUAUCCACAGUUAUUUAUGAAAAAAGGUCAAGUUGAUCACGCCAGGGUUGGACCAUGGAAUGGUCUUGGGUUUCGCGGGCGUCCUAUUGAAAACACGGGUCCAAUUUUCUUGAUAGAGUUUACUGUUAACGAGAAGGAGAUGUAUUAUACAUAUACACUCAAGACUUCUGUUGUUUUUAGAAUGAUUAUGAUGCAUGAUGGCAUUAUAAUGCAGUCAAAUUGGAUUGAGCGAACACAAGAAUGGGCUGCGUAUGGAAAUAUAGUGGUUGAUACAUGUGGUCUUUAUGGACGUUGUGGUCCUUAUGCAAGAUGCACAGUUGAAAAUCCGAUUUGUAGUUGCAUUGAAGGUUUUGAACCAAGAGUCCUAAAAGAAUGGAAUGAAGGAGAUAUGUCUAAUGGGUGUAAACGCAAAAAACCUUUGAAUUGUGGGACCAAAGAUGUCUUCCAUAAAAUUUCAGGAGUGAAAUUUCCAGAUACACGUCAUUCAUCGUACAAUUUGAGCAUGUCUCGUGAAGAAUGUGAGAAGGCUUGCAGAAGGAAUUGCUCUUGUACUGCUUAUGCAGAUUUAGAUAUCAGAAACGAGGGAAGUGGAUGUUUGUUAUGGUUUGAUGACCUUAUGGACAUUCGAAAGUAUGAUGAUCAUCAGGAACUUUACAUAAAAAUGGCAACCUCUGACUUACAAGGCAAAUCCAGUGAUAACAAGAAGAAGGCAGUUCUCAUUAUAGUGCUUUCCGUUUCUUCAGCAGCAAUGCUUGUGUCUGCAGUAGCAUUUGCUUGUAGGAAGAAAAUGAAAAUGCCUCACAAGAAAGGACGAGGGAACAGGGGACACGCAUUUGAUAAGGAUAAAGUUCAUAUGGAAAACUUUGAUGACUUACCUUUUUUCAGCCUGUAUAGAAUAGCAAAGGCUACUAAUAACUUUAACAUUGACAAUAAGAUUGGAGAAGGUGGUUUUGGUCCAGUUUACAAGGGUGUGUUGGAAGACGGAAAAGUAGUAGCUGUAAAGCGGCUCUCAGAAACAUCCCAACAAGGACAAGAAGAGUUCCAGAAUGAAGUCAUUUGUAUUGCCAAACUCCAGCAUCGGAAUCUUGUGAAGCUCCUUGGAUAUUGCAUUCAUGGAAAUGAAAAGAUUCUAAUUUAUGAAUACAUGGAUAACAAAAGCUUGGACUCAUUUCUAUUUGAUGAAACUAGAAGUUCAAUGCUUGAUUGGCCUCAACGCUUUAACAUUAUCCAUGGUAUGGCACGAGGUAUUCUUUAUUUACAUCAAGAUUCCCGCCUCCAAAUCAUCCAUAGAGACCUCAAGGCAGGUAAUAUAUUGUUGGACAACCAAAUGAAUCCAAAAAUAUCUGAUUUUGGGCUUGCAAGAAAGUUUGUAGGACAGGAUGCCACAGCUAAGACAAAGAAUGUGGUUGGAACACACGGAUACAUUUCUCCAGAGUAUGCAGUACACGGGCGUUUCUCAACAAAGUCGGAUGUAUUUAGCUUUGGUGUUCUUGUGCUAGAGAUAGUAAGUGGGAAGAAAAACAGAGAAUUCUCUCACGAGGCUCAUAGUGACAACCUUCUUGGACAUGCAUGGAGACUCUAUAAGGAAGGCAAGUCCGUUGAACUCAUGAGUGUGUCUUUAUCUAACUCAUGUGUCGUCUCUGAAAUACAACGAUCAAUACAUGUUGGAUUAUUGUGUGUUCAACAUCAUCCAGAAGAUAGGCCAACUAUGUUAUCGGUGGUUCUUAUGUUGAUUAGUGAUGGUGUAUUGCCUCCACCUAAACAACCAGCCUUUUUCACCGAAGAAAGUAACAGUUUACUUAACUCUGUUUCAUUGUUGGAUGAUGAAUACAUGAUAACACUCUUGUAUCCUAGAUAGAUCACAUGUUGGCAUGUACAUUUUCCAGACGUACAAAUACACGUAGAAAACUAUAUUCAUCUUCGCAUGUUGUUGGGUUCCAUAACUUAAAUUAUGUAAAAAGCUCACUUGUUAGUUUUAUAGAUAGUUAGGGAUUGUUUAGUAAAGUGUAAAAGACCCGUAGAUGCCUAUGUAUGUGAUGAUAUGUUAUAGUUUGUUUCCAAUAGAUAUGUGUUCCUUGCGGGUAAUAUAUUAAUGUAUUCA